CCUACACUGGCAUACAGUAGACCUCCGAGCUGUGGUGAUGCGCCGCCUGCGGAUGUAACUUGAGUGGUUACCGUCCUUUAAUCGCCUCUGUGUUUGGACUUCACUUCACAGAGCGGUUUAUCGUCGAAAUUCGAAUCCUGACUGUGAGGGGCGAGGCAGUUCAGCAACAACUCAUGAUAAAGGACCUGGGGUGAAAUAAAUUGUUAAAAGAAAGAAAAAAUAAAAUCAACAAAAAAAAAACAAACCUAAAUUGUAUACACCCUUGUAUACAACGCCAUCUCCAAAUUCGUCUUGAGCAAGUGUUUGCUAGGAGCCUGAAGCAAAUAGCAUCAUGUCGCACAGAAGAAGCCGAAGUGGUUCUCCACCAUCUUACGGCACCAACAGCAAUGACCCUCGUGACCUGGAGAGAAGGAUUUUUGUCGGCAAUUUGCCCACUGCACAUAUGGCGAAGAAGGAUAUGGAAGACCUGUUCAGGCCAUAUGGGAAAAUACAGGCCUUGUCCCUGUUUCGUGGGUAUGGAUUUGUGCAGUUUGAAAGGACGGAAGAUGCUGAGGCAGCUAAAGCAGGACAUAACGGUCGGAUUUAUAGAGGUUAUAAACUAGAUGUAAAUAUGGCUGCGGAGAGACGGCAGAAACCCAGGUCAAGUCCUCCACGCAGGCCUGCUGGUUAUGGGGACAACAGGGAACCCCGUCUCCGUUCUCGAUCCCCAGUGCAUGGUCGAGACUCCCGCGACAGCAGGGAUGGCAGAGACGUGAGGGAACCUAGUCGAGAACCCCGGCCUGGACCACCAAGGGAUCAUGAUGAUGAGCGCUACAGGGGCACAGAUGGAAGAGUUAAAGAAUCUCGAGAAGCUGCUUAUAGAAAUGAUGGUGGUGAUCGCUUUUACCGUGGUGAAUAUGAACCAUACCGCAAGAAAGAUGAUCCUUAUCCUGAACGCUACAGGGAGAACUGGACUGGCAGGAGAGAACCAGAAGAGGAGCGAAUGCGGCCUGAGGAGCGCAGGCGGAACGAGCUGUAUCGUCAGUACUAUGAAGAGCUGCAGAGACGUUACGACGCAGAGAGACCUGUAGACUGUUCGGUCAUCGUGGUCAAUAAGCAGCAGAAGGAGUAUGCAGAAAUGGUGGGGAGGAAGGUACGAGAUCUGGGCAUGGUGGUGGACCUCAUCUUCCUCAACACGGAGGUGUCCCUGACCCAGGCUCUGGAGGACGUGAGCCGGGCUCGCACACCCUUUGCCAUCAUCAUCACCCAGCAGCACGAAGUGCAUCGUUCCUGCACUGUCAACAUUCUCUUUGGCACACCACAGGAGCACAGAAACAUGCCCAUGCAGGAUGCUAUGGUUUUAGUGGCUCACAACUAUGACACCUUUAAGUUGGAGAACCGUGCCAAGGAGCGGGAUGAGAUCUCAAGAAAAGCUGCAAAGAUGGCAGAUGAAGUGUUGAUGAGAGAGCAUGAUAGACAAGGCCACCCAGUCUCAGUAUUGACAGCUAUCACACUGCUGUCAGAGGGCAGGUUCCUGACUCCACAAGAGUUAACGAUACUCAUUAACUAUCUGCAGGAUAAGCGUGAUCGUAUUGUUAGAGGUGGCACAGAUCCUCUUCUUGGAUCCCAUCAGUCUUCUGCAGCAGUCACUCUUGAGACCCCUCAGUCCACUCAGGCUCUUGGUCCUGUUUCCCACCAGACUCAUCCAUCCACACACUCCAUACACAGCUCCCACCUUCCUGCUGCCUCUGCCACUACUACCAACCAGCAGCAAGAGCUGCAGGCUAAAAUUCUCAGCCUCUUCAACAGUGGAUCAGGCUCCUCCGUGUCUCAGAACCAAGUAGCAGUGUCCCAGUCUCAGGGCUAUGGAUCCACACAGAGCUCCAGCCUUUCCUCUUCCUCCACGCUGUCCAACAUGGCCAUGUCUGCUCAUGACUCUCAGGACAUGAUGAAUCCUCACAUGGGCAUUAGGUCCCCUGCUAAUAAUCGCGUAGCACCACCUCAGGGGCUCCAAAGAGCUGGAACUGGGAUUAACUUUGACAACCCUAGUGUUCAGAAAGCCCUUGACACGCUCAUCCAGAGCGGACCUGCCAUUAACCAGCUGGUCAAUUCGGCGAACCUAUCGGCCAGAUCAGGCCAGGGGGUGGGCCAAGGAAUGAACCAAGGUUUAAGCCAGGGACUUGGGCAAGGAAUGAACCAAGGUUUAAGCCAGGGACGUGGGCAAGGAAUGAACCAAGGUUUAAUCCAGGGACCUGGGCAAGGAAUGAACCAAGGAUAUAACCAGGGAGUAGGACAAGGAAUGAGCCAAGGACCGGGACAGGGACUAAGUCAGGGGAUGGGGCAAGGUUCUCACUACCAGCGACAUUUCUGAAACUUGUAAUUUUUUUCUGAAAACUUUUUUUUAUUCUGCAUUUAAUUCUUUAAAAAAGCAGUUCCCUUAAAUUCCUAAACUUUGCCGUUCAAUGUCUUACUUUUUUAUGUAAUGAAUACUAUUUGGACAUGUGAAAGUUCAUUAGUUGGAAUUUAUCUUUUGGACCAGAAAUGGUGACGGACAUAAGUCAUUUAUUAAUGAAGAAUUUGCUGAUCUGACCAGAUAGUUUUGAAUAUUCCCUUUGUGUUAUUUUAUAUGAAGUGUAAUUUGUACAUACUGAUCUGCAAUUCAAUAAAUGACUGACAAAUAAAUGUUUUGUUUAAGUGCACUGAAAUGAAGACUUUGUACAAAUCAGUAAUAAAAUGGUAUUCGUUUAUUGCAUUUUGUGCUGACGAAUCUAUAAAAUGGAAUGGGAAAACUGCCAGAA